CUUUUUUUUCCGGUACGAUGAUUCUCUGUAUAUAAUACUAGUUUCGAACAAGCCGCGAUCGAUUAGAAACUUCUAGAGAUUUGAAUUUGCAUUGAAGGUCAACAAGAUGGGAUACGACGAAAGGAAACUCGAAGACGACAACAACUCUUCAUCGUCGUCACCACUAAACGAAAAGCUGUUAAUCGCCACUAUGUGCAUCAUCGGAUCACAGGUUCAUGUUCACGUCAAGGACGGUUCUGUCUUUUCCGGUUUAUUCUACACAGCUUCGUUCGACAAUGGCUUUGGCAUUGUUUUGAAGAAUGCAAAAAUGACUAAGAAAGGGAAGAGUAAAGCUAAUGUAGCAAGCGGAAGUGUGGUGGAGACACUUGUUAUUACGUCUUCUAAUAUUGUUCAAAUAGUUGCUGAGGGAGUCUCGCUUCCGUCAAAUGUUACAGGUGACAAUGAGUGUGGGGUUGUUGGAUCAGCAAUGGAGACUUUACCUUCUAAGCCUCGUUUAUCUACUACGAAGAAAUCUCAAAAAGCUUGUGUUGAAGUAAGGGGUAAUCAUCAUAGGAGACAGCUAGGAGCCAAGGUUUUCAAGCGUAGUGAACAACAUAUUCCUGACGUUCAUCAGGAGGAUAUCCAAAGCUCAAGUUCUAGCUUGGAUAGCAUGUCCGAACGAGUUAAACCAAUAGCAGAAGAUAAGUUAAUGCCGGAACCUAUAAGUAAUGGUUUUCACAAUACUACUGAAAGGCCCUCUUCCACUGACAAUUCAUCGACAACUGUUGAUGAAACCUCAGAUUUGCGUCAGGGUUUAGAGGCAUCUCCUAAUGAAUCAGUACCUAUCCAGGCCGUGAAAAAGGCUAAGGAGUUCAAACUGAAUCCAGAGGCAAAGACUUUUUCUCCAUCUUAUACAAAACGUCUUUCAUCGUCUCCUGCUGCUACGCCUGAUAUUCAAAAUAUUGCUUAUAUACCAAGCAACACUCCCAUGCUACCUGUUCCUGAACCUGUUUACCCACAAGUUGGAAACAACCCUUAUAUGUCCCAGACAAUUCCACCUUCCAAGUUUGUGCCAUAUGGAAAUUUGACUGCUGGAAAUGCUGUCGGUGAAUUUCACUAUCCUCAACACAUGAUGGGGCCUACUGUUAACAUGGCGCAGCCGCAGAGAUUCACGUCUCCGUACCAAUCUGUUCAAGCAUCACCAAUGUUUAUAAAUCCAAAUCCUCAGGUAAUGGUUGCGAGAUCAGGGCAGCUUGUAUAUGUCCAACCAGUUUCUCAGAAUCUGGUUCACGGAACACCGCCUCUUCCACCUAUGCUCUCCCGUCCUCUAGUACCUGCACAACAUGUCCCGUACCUGAAGCAUCAAGGUGUAGUUGCAGCUGGCCAGCCGCCGCAGCUAUGCAUUCCACAACCAUUCACGACGGGCGGACUGCAACCGUACAGCGUCGUUCCUGCCCAAUUUCCGGUUAUGCAGCCUCCUUUCCCAACGAACCAGCCAAUGCACAUUGCAGUUCCUAAUGGCUUCUUUGGCACAAAGUUUUCAUAAAUAGAGUCUCCUUGUUUUUUGGUUUCAUACCUUCAUUCUUUGCCUCUCCAACCUAAUAAGGGUUUUUAUGGGUUUAUUGUCCGGUUUGGCUUUUACCGAUUAUUGAUUUAUUGGUUUAUCGAGUUGGAUUGGGUGAAAACCUGUUGUAGAAUGUGAAAACAUUAUGAUUCUUUGAUUGACAUAUACUGGGCAAAAAAAC